AUGGGUGAGACACGCUCCAGGGCCCGCCACGAGAAGACGCGGCGCAACAGAAAGAUAGAAAACAGUGCAGCCAUCUCGACCUUGCGCACGCGGGUGGUGGUUUGUGCCUCCCUUGUCUUGGUGGCUGGUGCUUUUCUUCUGUCAGAGGUGUCUCUGACUUCAAGAGUAAGGACAUGGGCAGGGGUCAUGCUAGAGAAGAGCUCCUCAAAGUCAACAUUUCUCCCAGGCACCCAACCCUCGCCGGUGGUGGAAACCCCGGCGCCGCAGCUCGCGACCGUGACACAGGCCCCGCAGGUGCCAAGCCCGGUGGCAACACCGACUGAGGCACCCAAAGAACGGGGUGAAGUCCAAGGCGCGCCCAUUGAGGCUGCGCCUCGAGCUCUAAAGUCCUGCUUGUCCUUCGUGCACAUCCCGAAGGCGGGUGGCUCCAAUAUCGAAGGCAUCAUUGCACGAGCCUAUGGUUACAAUCAGGUGGUCGAGAAUCCAGGUGACUGCAUUUCCAUGCGGAAGAUCGAGAAGGACGUCCGCUUUUGGGGAAUGUGCGACGACAGGCUUCGAUGCGAAACGAAGAAGCAUUGCGGCUGGUCAGGCGCUGACUGCUGUUUCAUCAACAAGUCCUUCGAACCACAACCACCCAAGAACACUGGCGUGGAUCGAUGCAGCUUCUGGCAUUUUCCACCAGCUUGGGACUCGCAGCUGGCAACGACCUACACGCAGGAGUGUGAUGCCUUUUGCGUGGUCCGGGAACCCGUGUCUCGCUACCUUAGCCACUGGAGAUGGCGGCAUCUUCAAAAAACUGGCUGUAGUGCUGAAGCACUCGAGAAGUUCACCAAGGAGAAGUUGGCAAAGGCUCAAGGAAACGAAUAUUUGUUGGAAGACUGCCAUUUCACGCCCCAGGUCUUUUAUGCCUUCUACAAUGGUAAUCCUGCCAAUGGGCGUAUAUGCCAACACAUCCUGAAGCUGGAAAACUUGCAUCAAGAAUUCGAUCCUCUGAUGAAGAAAUAUGGUUAUCCGGACAAGGUGAAGCUGGGUAAGAGCAAAUCUCGUGCGAGCCACGGCUGCUCGAUCACACCGACAGAAGAAACCCUCCGCUUGAUCAAGGAGUACUAUGCAGAGGACUUCAAGGCCUUCGGCUAUUGA